GCACGCGAUAGAGGCAGACGGUUAUGCGUUUGAGGCCUUCUCAAACUGGAAAGAUGCUCUUCAUACGACUGCGAGUCACAGUGUUGUGACUGCACGAUACGUAGGAAGCACUUCACGAGAAGACCCAGUGAGGCGUGCCAAACACCAAAACCGCCGAGGGGCUACAAGCUUUGUAGAAAAGUUUGAAGCCAAGAUAUGCGAGCUUUUACCAGCAGUACCAUCUAGAGGAAUGUUGAAUCUUGUAGAGAACAGUUCCCUGUUCUAUGCAAAUGCCCGGCUAGCAGUACAAAGCGACUUGUAUGAGGGGUGGAUGAUAUCCUUCUUCGAUCCGCGCACAUUGCUGAAUCGACAACGCGGAGGCAUUAACUCUUCUUUUCUCCCGUCUCAUGAAGACUUCUGCAUCUUGCUCAGUGCGCGAUUUGUAUCGACCACUGGAAAGCUCUAUUCAGACAAUGACCCGCGAUCAUCGUUCGAUUGUCAACCAUCUGAAUGCAGCAUCGCGACAAGCCACACCUCUACAGGUCGAUGGGCGAACUAUGCUAGUCUUCUGUGGCCUACAGACUACGAAAGCGUCAAUAGAGGAAGGGAAAGGAUUCUUUGAUGGCUCCACCUUAUCAGCCCGGUUUAGCAGGACAAUCAUAGAGAUCCUAGCAACAAGCGAGAGUCCAGGCUUUGGAAGCUGCUUCGGAAGUGUCCGCCCCAUCCUCUGCUUCAACAAUCUUUACCAAUGGGUUGGAAAUGAGAUUCAGUCCGGGAAUGUUAGCAAUGACGUAUUUUAUCAGUGGCUUUCGCUCAUAAAGCCACUCAUCAUUGUAACAUUGGGCAAAGAGGUCGCAAAGGUUAUCAACAAGAAGUCAGGCUAUACGCCCAUUGAGAACCUCGUACGCGCAGCUGGAAGAGCACGUGUGGUGAACAGAGACAAGGAGGAAGAAGCGAUUCUUAUACUUCUUUUGCAUCCUGGCUUCGAUAGAAGGUCACAGCAAAGUUCUCUACAGCGUAGGAUGUUUUUCCUACCAAACAUAGCCGUAUGGGUAUACCUCGACUCUACAUUGAAGGCCUUGCAGGAGGAACGAAGUCGCCCAUGGUCUCGUCAGGAACUCUGUCAGUCCAUCAACGCGAUCGCUCAAAGGAAGCUGCAACAGUCGGGCUUUUACGAUGCGUUAAACAGCGUUUCGGAGCAUUUUCUGGUAGAGCAAGCUAAAGCACAUCCCAUAUCUCACAGGAUCAAUUCUGAGCCAGCUCAUGACGUUCGUUCACCAAUACUUCGUCCAUUCCAUUCCAACACGGUCGCUUCAGAUAAAGCCGAAUGCUUUUUCUCUGAUUGCGGCGUGCACAUGAGAUCAUUUUUUGAGGGCAUUGCAGAUGGAUUACGAACCGCUCAAGGCAACCCUUUCUCUCGAGAGCGUCAACGACAAAUCAAGUCACUCUACCGACCGCGUAUCGAAAGCCUAACAACAUAUCUAGACCCAGCAAAUCAAACGGGUUGGACUGAUUUCCUGAUGCAUCAGCCAGAGGGUUGUCCUCUGGUGGCAUGUGUUGAGGCCCUUGAAGAACGGCAAUCAAUGCCUCUAGCCAAGGCUAAUCUGCUCAGGCUCUACGAAUGCAGAGAUCUCGACCAGUUUUCCAGCCGACGUACUGCUCUGUCCUCAAUCUGUGCAGAUUUCUCAGCUCGUCAGCUGGAAUGGAUCAAAAUGCAACAACGUCGCGGACCAGAAAAGUUCUCGCCAGCUAUCGAACACCAGCAAGUCCGCGGUAUCUGUGUAUACGUCAGUCUAUCGGGCACUCUCACGAUAUGUGGCGAAGUUCAUGGUAUCCAGAAGCAGGCCCGGAUCAAGCACAAAGCGAUAGCUGUGAAGACUUGGCUUGACAAAAGAACGAUUGAUGUCAAGGCAAAACGUAUCGACGUAUUAGACGGCCACGGAGACAAGUUGCACACAGUCAGCAGAAACUCGUGCAAGUCUAAAGAUCUGUGUGCUCUCUGGGAUUUUAUGCUUGGACUUGAUCAUGCUACCGUGUCUUCGGGGAUCGUGGUAGCUCAACAGGCUGGUAGCCACGAUAAGGAAUCUUCGAGAGAACCUGAUGUUAUAAACUUUGAACGGAACCUUGGUCAAGUAAAAAAGUCUGGCAAGCCGCCUUUGAGACAAAACCAGCUCGGUUCCAGGACUCAGAACUCCCCGCCCCAAAAGAUCGAUGCGCUCUGGCUCCUCAAUCAAUUUGUAAACGAGCGGUUUCCUGCCGGUGGACUUUUCUGGACUGGAACCCCGACGCUCUUCCCGGAAUCUACUGCAGACCUUCAAGGGUUCCGAGAAUUCUUGAGGCAACCUCCCUACUCUGAUCACUCAUGGUCGACAGAAUGGCUUGAGCUUCUAGAUGAACCGAACAGCCUCGUCACACUGUCAACAUCGCUGAAGUGGUUGAGGAAUGUGCAGAUUUUACGCAAGAACGCGGCUUCUUCAACGACUUCCCAAGGUAAUGUACUUCGACGGCAAUGUAGCGUGUAUAAGUUGGGUCCACGGAAGGAUGGAUGGUAGUCUUCGAGUACAUACGAUAGCUGGCUCCAGACAUUACUGCAGCUUUUUAUUUAGAGGAACACAGGCUGGUAUGUGACUUCAACCGCACAAGUUCUGCGGCGUUAACCCGGAAUACCUUAAGAUUGAUGUAUGAGCCUACUUGACUAAGUUUUGUAUAAUUUCAUUCGGACCUACCAAAG